AUGCCACCGGCGUAUCCAUAUCCACAUGUGUCUGCCCUGAAAAGAUCCUCUAUUGCUUCGGAGCGGCCGUAUACCCACAUCCACAAACAUCCGCUCACGACAUUUGACAACUCCUUCAACUCUCCAGACUCCUCAAUGGAUAGUCUCUCCAAUUUCCAGCACUAUUCCUACUAUGACGAAAACUUGCCAGCUAAGCAAAAAUACAGCAAUGAUUCAUUUGCCGUAUCUGAGGCACAGUUGUACAAUUCUUGUUAUACGUCUCCCUACCCGUUAUAUGCCUUAGAUUGGUCACUGUCGGGGAAGGACCCCUCGACGGCAAAAAUAGCAUUAUCUUCAUAUCGUGACGGCUCAACAAAUAAACUGGAAAUCUUAUAUGGCCAUCAGACUCCAAAUGUAAAUAAAAAUACAGAUUCAAGUACAAGUGCAAACACAAACACAAAUUCAAAAACAAGCACAAAAGCUAACUUUAAUGAAGAUACUAAUCAAAACUUGAAUCGAUCGAAAAAUGAAAUCUCAAACGCUGAUGUCGAUUACAAAUUUAGUAAGGCAUAUGAACAAAGCGUGAAGUAUCCCAUAACUAAAUUACAAUGGGAUCCAAGUAUGAGCUCGUCAUCAUGCUCUCCUCAGCUAUUAGCAGCCACUUCAGAAUGUUUAAGGAUAUAUGAAAUUACCGACAAUAAUGAACUACUUGAAAAAUCGGCUCUAACAAAUUCAAAAAUUUUGGAUAUGAAUCAGUUACCACCAAUGACAUCAUUUGAUUGGAAUAGAUAUGAUCCCCACUAUCUUCUAACUUGUUCUAUCGAUACUACUUGCACUGCAUGGAAUUUAGUCAAAGAGACAUUUGUAGCCAAAUCUCAGUUGAUUGCUCACGAUAGUGAGGUUUAUGAUGUAAAAUAUAUAUCUGGUGACACCAAUGUGUUUGCUAGUUGUUCUUCUGAUGGGUCAGUUAGGUUGUUUGACUUGAGAAACUUGGAACAGUCUACAAUUAUCUAUGAAAAUACAGACUCAACUUCAAAACUUCUAUCAUCACCCACCAAUACAAAUGGCAGAAGCUUGCUUAGACUGUCAACGUCUAAUUAUAAUGCAAACCAAAUUGCAGUUAUAGAACAGGAUUCCAACACAAUAUCAGUAUUAGAUGUCAGAAAUGUAGGAACACCCGUUUAUAGGUUAUCCCAUCAUUCUGCUCCUGUUAAUUCAAUAUCGUGGCAUCCUACAAGAAAUCAACUACUUUCAGGCAGUGAUGAUUGCCAAGUCUUUAUUUAUGAUUUUCAUAAAGGCUCUGUAGUUGACAACUAUAAACAAACUAACAAAUCUCUACUUCCAUCUUAUAGGUUUCAGACUGAUCUGGAAGUCAAUUACGUCUGUUGGAACCCAACCGGUGAUUGGGUCGGCAUUAACAAUGGUAAACAUUUUCAAGCCUGUAAAGUGUAG